AUGGGCGGCCCAAUCGUAGUUAUUGUGCCCGGCUCUUUCGGACCUGGCAAGCAUUAUCGCACCUUCACAGAGAGCCUGGAGAAGAAUGCCAUUGCCUCACGCGUUAUAGAGACCCCCUCAGUGGGCAGAAAGGAUCCCCUUCCGCCUCAGACCAUGAGCGAUGAUGUCGCCGAGAUCACAAAGGUUGUAACCGAACUUUUCGACGAGGGCAAAGAGGUUGUGCUUAUGACACAUUCAUAUGGAGGGAUCCCCGGUACGCAGUGCCUAAAAGAUCUAUCUCGCAAAGCCCGCAAGGACCAGGGAAAAGAGGGAGGAAUUGACAAGAUUAUCUAUCUCGCGUCCGUGGUUUUGCAGCCUGGUGCAAGCAAUUUUGAUGCCUUCGGAGCUGCUAUGCCUGAUUUUGUCACCGUUACAGAUGACUAUAUGACACUCGACCCCAAAGGCCACGCCUCCAGCACCUUUUCAGAUCUGCCUGCCGAUGAAGCACUAGAAUUGGCCAAGCAGAUGCCAGACCACUCUACCCCAAGCUUCAAGGAGCCCUUGACCUAUCCUGGGUACAACGAUGUGGAGGUGCAUUACAUCGUGUGUGAGCAGGACAAGAUUAUUCCGCCCAUGUAUCAGCGCGGCAUGAUCGAAGCUGUUAAGAUGUCGGCUGGAAAGGAUGUCAAAGUGCACAGCUUGGACAGUGGACACGUGCCUGUCAUUAGUCAACCUGACAACGUUUCCAAGAUUGUAAAGAAGAUCAUAGACGGUUGA